AUGCUGAGGUCUCCGCCGGACGCUCACGACGAUCAUUUGCGCCUUCUUUUGGACCAACGAACAACACGCGCUGAAGUCCACGGUCGGUUUUCCGCCCUUUCCCAAUUUUCAGACACUCCCUCCGUGUACAGUCGUGCUGUUUUCUCCCCAGAGGGCAAUUAUUCAUACCGGUCUUCCUCGCCCUACGCCGCCGAGGUAUUUCCCAAUCACGACGAACCCGCCGUCAGUAUGCUCGACUUGGACGAUGACCCUCGUUCUUCCUUUGCCUCCUCCGACAAUCACGACCAUAACUAUUCACACUCAUUUGAUAACGAAGACGAUAAUGAACCCCUUCCUCGCAUGAGCUAUCUUGGGCCCAAAAUGCGUUUUCAUUCGCGAGCACCUUGGGAAUUGGAUGAAGCAACUUUGGAGGAAGAGGAGGAGGUUGAAGAAAGUCCGCGCCAUUUUGCAAGCGGGUUUCCUUUUUCUCGCGGGAAUGGAUCAAGAAGCGCGACGUCUGACUCACCUAGCCCGCGGCCCAGUAAUGCAAGCAGACCUAGCGAAGAAUCGAGCCGUUCCCAAGCUUCACACAAACCCUCUAUCGAAACAACUAGCUCACAGAUAUCAUACCCACGAGGUGCUCUUUAUGCUCUUGCUCAAGAGAGUUUGUCCACCUCUUCACUUGGCCGCCCUUCAAAUUCUGGACAAAAAGAGGGUUUUCGAGGCAAGUUCUCUAUCGGACGCGUCGGUUCCCGCUCUCCUGCAGCGCGUGCUAUUCCUUCUCCCAGUCUUUCCCCUACUUGCACUCCCGUUCACCCUAGCUUCCCGCCUCAAACAUUCCUUCAAAAUGGGCAUCACGACGAAACGUGCUUACCCGCGGAAUCUGACUCUUACAGAACCUGUUACCCAGCGCGACCUUCGUCCUCGUCAUCUUCCGAGGAUGAUCGUCACCCCUAUGCCAACCCGGAUUUGGUAAUAUCAUACGCAGUGGAGCCACUGCCAAAAUCCCCACUUCGGUCUGCCAUGCAAUUCCCGCCGCGUAAUGACUCUAAUCUGACAGUCACCGACUCUUUCACCACUUUGACAUUGUCAAAUUCUGGGACGCGCUCUACGCUGUCAAGCGAUAGCUUAUCAACGUCUUCAUUUUCGAGAGACCGCCUCUCGUCGCUACAGGGCCGAGACAUCUCCUCCCCAGUCUCCGCGCACAGCACUUCGAAGGACGAGCAAGUCCUGCCGGUUCCUCCACCAGGCGUUGUCAAUCUUCCUGGCUGGACUGAUCGUGCCACCGCGCCAGCCUUCUCACUUAUUUCUCUAGAAGAAGCAAGGGCUCAGCGUAUGCAUGGCUCCUCAAACCAUGAUGCAGCCUCCCGAUCAUCAAACGGCAGCGCUCUUUCAUCAAUGACCCCAUUUUCGAACGGUGAGCAUGAAACUACGAAUAUAGCAGACCUUCCUUCGUCCGGUGGUACCGCCUCAAGGACGCGUGGGCGAACUAUAAGUGCUGGCGCAAAAGCCAAGAAUGCUCUACAUACAAUUGUAGGACAGAAGCCAGACAGACGAGGGUCGGAACCAGCAGUCUUCGGGAACCAGCCUCCCCUUGGCGCUCAGCCGAACAAAACGCUCAAGCAUAAGAAGAGUGGCUUCAUGCGAUUGUUCAACAGCGGUAAAACGAACGAGAAAGAGGAAACAGAGGCUCCCCCUGUCCCCUCUUUAUCCGAUGCUUAUGCGGCGCACAACCAACAACAUUCGCGCGGUGCUCAGAAGGCGACGUUACAUCGCAUUCCCGUGCCAAGGAUAUCACCUUCAAUGUUUGAAGCUUCGCCUGUUCAUGACACUAUCUCGUCAUCGGGCAAUAGUUUAACCUCCGUGAGUGCUUCGCUUAAUCCCAGACGUACGCCCCCGUCUCUGCACAUCAACACACUCUCGCGGGGUCCCGUUCCUCAAGGGGCAGCAUCGGCUAGAGGCGGCGAUGAGUUCCAUCCGACGCGAACUUUGCCCGCCUCCUCCUCUGAGACUCCUUGGCAGAUUGAGAGCCAACCUCAAAGCGCGCCCGCCAACGUAUCCCAAUUCCCAUCACUCAAAUUGCGGCCUGUAUCUACGCUAUUCAGUACCCAUUUUGCGGACCAUAUCGUCAGUGACCCUCAGCCAAUUUACGAGACAGACCUGGAUACGCCAAGAUCAUCCAGUCCAACUGGACUUGUGUCUCCAGUGACGCCAGCGUCGUAUUCUCGCCCAAGCAAUGAACAACCCUCCAAGACCUACAUCUCUGGUGACUCUUCAUCGCUUGUUCAGGCUCUUCAGGAACAGAUCAUAUCCGCAAAGAAGGCAUGGCAACAGCAUAUUUGGGAGCUGGAAGGGCAGGUGCGGGAUCUCAAAGCUGAAGUGGACGAGCUCAAGGCAUCUGGCAAGGACAAUACCUUCUGCAGUACAUGUGGAAGGGGUGAAAAGCGUUCACCCGAUGGGCCCAAACACGAUAUUUUGUCAGCACCUGGUGCGGGAAGCGUCGUUAACAGACCCAGAGCGAGAACAGGAACAUCAUCGCGUUUCGGAAAUGCGAUGCCGUGA